GUUAAGGCAGCAUCACCGUACACCCACACAUAAAACACAUAGAAAAAAAAACUAAAAAAAGGCCAUAAAACACUAGUCUUCUCGCCACAACUUCUUAACAAAGCCAGUGCAUGGGUGACAAGAGCGCCGGGGAGGGGCGACCACCCCCGUCCCCGUUGACCGGAGGGUAUCUGCUCAUCGUACUACCUCAGACCCACUUCCAUCAGCACCAGGACAACGUACUUCACAACCUCACAAAAGGUCUAAUUACAUGGGACAAAGAAGACUGUCACGUCGACCUCGAAAAAGAAUUAGACACUAUCACCGCCCAAGCUCCGGAAGGCGAAGAAGCAAAAAACCGUGAACGUCUGAUACAGUUCGCAAGCGAGAAUUUAGUAACAGAAGUAUUGAUUUUCCCUCAAUUAAACACAUUAGUACAAUGUAUGCGAAAUUUACUUUCAAGUUUCACAAGACAUAGGCAUAUAAUCCAUGCUGGGUAUACAUGUGCAGGAAAUGGUGCCUGGAUGCUUCAGGAUGGGACGUAUUCUUUUGCCGAUUUCGCUUUAAUGUAUCAAGAACACGAGGUUCAGCGGGUGCUGAGGGCGUACGAAAACACGGUGACAGUCGAUGUCCACUGUUGCCAGGAAGGAGACUGGAACAACCUGAAGGCGAAGGACCCGUUUUCGAAAGUGAGCCGGGUCAGACUAAACCCCAACGACAAGAUGACUGCGACCAAGUCGAUCCACGGAUUCGUGAACUACUUGAAGCAGUAUGUCGUCUCGGGCAACCUGGAAGAACUGCUAGAAUCCUCGGAGGUCGUGGGCAACAUCAGGUUCAGCCACCCGACGCUAUACGUGUUCCCCGGUGGACAGGGUGACGCCGCUCUCUUCGGCAUCAACGGAUUCAACAUGCUUGUCGACGGCGGGUUCGCGAGAAAAUCGUGUUUCUGGGACUUCACCAGGCACCUCGAUAGACUCGACGCGGUGCUGAUGACGAGGAUCAACAACGGAAACAUCUUAGGCCUCUCGUCGUUGCUUCAACGAAAGAAAAUGGAACAAGUCUACCCUCAAAUAGGCCAUUUCUUCUGCAAUAUUCAAGAGAGAAAGCAUCCUCUUUCACCGGAUGGAGAUAAGGAUAAAGACCCUCUCGUGAUCAACCUGAUCGAAUACGGACAGGAGAUGGUUGCCAACCUGAGACAUCUUCAGCUGAAGCCUCAAUCGUGCUACAGAGAGUCGUCCAUGGAUCCAAUCAACCUUUACCACAAAGUCGGUCACGGAAAGUUGGACAUGUACGUUCUGAGCCCUUCGAAAGACUCGAGGGAAGUCAGGGACUUCAUGGUAAAGUGGAAUACAGUGGACUCGAAAAUAUUUUGUAGCCACAACCGUAGAGGUGGUGAGUUCAACUUCCCGCUGUGCAAUAGAACUUCGAUUUGUGCUCUUUUGGUGUGGCAGCCGGCAAAUCCUGAGGACAACAUCACUCGUAUUUUGUUCCCGGGAAGUACUCCUCAACACAAAAUAUUCGAAGGACUGGAUAGGUUAAAAAAUUUAGAAUUUAUGAAACACGCCGUCUGUUCGGCUAAGACGCUGUCGCCUUCUCCUUCUUCGGUCGGUCUCAAUAUAAGAAGUGCGAGUAGGACAAAAGCGCCGGCGAUAAUAGACAAAAUUCCGGAAAACGAAAUGAAAGGAAAGGGUGUGGAGGCUGUGAAACCGGUUGUGAAAGUCAGUUCUACUGCUGACAAAAUACAGAAAUCACAACCGGCUAAAACUUCGAAACCGAAACAGGUUGAUAAACCGAAGGAUAAAAUAAAGACUGAUGUAGAAAUGAAACCAGAGACUGUUAAGAAUGAUACAAUUAAACAAACUGAGGCUGUGCAAAAAUUAGAAAAACCGAAAGAGAAACCGAAAAAGUUAAUUCAAAAACCGACAGCUGAAAAGAAACCCGUCACUGAAAAGAAGGCCACGGAGAAGAAAAGCGAAACGAUUAAAUCGUCACCGACUACGCCCAAAAAAGUAGCGGAAAACAAACUGACCGAAACUGCACCUAAAACGGAAGCGAAACCGAGAUCUUCCAUGAGGUCGAAACCAUCACCAUCAGCGACACCAGCGAAAAGUGCCAAAGAAGCUAACAACAGAAAAGUUUUAGAACAGAAGAGUCGAGAGUUGUCGAGAUCGCAGAAGCCACCUGCAAAGAAAGAAGAACAGAAGAAAACCGAAAAACCCAGCGUUCCUCGAAAGACUUCUUCGCCGAGCAAAGCGGCUAAACCUUCUUCACCAGUAAAGGUUUCGAGGCCACUUUCGAAAAAACCCGAGGUGAAGAAAGCGGCGAAAUCUGAUAAAGAAGCACCAACCGAUUCUGCGGUGUCCACGCCGUCAACAGCAGAUGCUGAGAAACCAAAAGAUGUCGCGGAAAAGGAAGAAAGCCCCGCAGAACUCCCGGCUGAAGAGAAAGAUGAUAAACCUUCGACACUUUCCUCCAAGGAGGAAGAAGAAGACAUUUUAAUAGUAGAAAAGGUUGAGAUUGACAUCAUACAGCCGGUGGAGAGUCUGCAGGUCGUCGAAGAAGAUGGUGAAAAGGCAAAAGAGCCUGAACCUGCCGCCCUUGAGACCGAUGCAAAACUCAAGUCCAAAGAUGAGCUUUUAGAUGUACAGAAGUCAGCAGGAGGGGAUACGUCCAAAUCUAAAGUCGAAACGGCUAAAACUGAAUCUCAAGAAACGUCCGUCGGUAUUAAAGAUCUUCCUUCUGAAAAACUCACGCCACCGAAAGAUAAAGAAGGAAAGGAAAAAUCGAACGAAAUGGUUGAGCUAAGGAUCCAAGCUGAUGAGAGUCAGCCGGAUGAAAAAUUUUCAACGACUGUCGAAUCAGGACAGACGACGACCGCACCCACCUUGCCGGAAGACGAAAGAAUACCUUUGGACGAUGUAAAAGAAGGUGUAGAAGAGAAACAUAUAAAAGAAGACACAAAAGAAAAAGAAAGCUCGGCCGUUCCCAAGCCCGAGCCAAUGAGCUUACCGGAGGUUCCGAUGGUGUCGUCUGGAGUGACAUUCGAUCAGAGAGCCCAGUUAUUGAAAGAUAUCGUUAAAACACCCGACGAAGUGGCGGAUUUGCCAGUCCACGAAGAAGCGGACGGUGGAUUUUACGAAGGAAGCGACGCUGCGGCCAAAGAAAUGUCAGAAAGUCGGGAAGAUCUUGAAACUCAAAGCGCAAAACGCGACAAACUCGAAGCGGGCAUGGAAGCCGAAGAGCUUAAAUUUAUUAAAGAUGGAUUUGAAAAAGAAGAUAAAAGCAAAGAUCUAAAAGAAGAUUUUGAUACGAGUACUCCGCUUGAAGCUGAUACGACGAAAGAAUCAGUUUCCAAGGAUCAACCUGAAGAAAAACUCGAAGUAAACGAAGUCGUUCACAAAACGCUAGAUGCACCCAGUCUUGAAGUUGAACGAAAAUCGUCUCUACCUGAAGGUUCAGAAGACGAAGCGAAGUUAGAUAAAGAAAAACAAGAAACUACGGAAGUUCUUAAAGAGGAGAUUGUGAAAGAAGAACCGGAAGAACGAGAAGAAGGGGAAAUUGCUGAGGCAAAAAUUAAAGGGGAUCUAGAUAUUAAAGAAAAAGACGAAGACACAAAACCGGAAAAAGAAGAACAACAAAUGGAGAAACAAGAGGAUGAAGAAGUCGAAAUUGCAACCGCAACAAAACUACCAAAAGACAUAUUAAAAUACGAAGCUACCCUUCUAGAUGAUGACGGUGAAGAACUCGAGGAAGACAAAGACAAAGAAACUGAAAAAGAAAAGCAAGAACUUACCGAAGAAAAAAUCAUAUCUGAUACGAAAGAGACAGAAAGUGAAAAAGUAGAAUCAAAAGAAGAAAAGUUGAACACUGAGAGUAAAUUGGACGUCACAAAAGAAUCCGCAGAAAUUGAAGACUUACAAGAACAGAAAAUUGACGAAGAAAAAAUUGAUAUUGACAAGUUGAAACCUGAUGUCACAGAAAUAGAAAAAGUUUCCGAUACAAAAGAUAAAGAAACCAAGGACCAAGAUGUAAUAAAAAUUAGUAGUAAAGAACAAGAAAAAGAAGAAGAAGUCGAGAAAGAUGUAGAAGAUUCGAAAGAUGUUGCUGACGAAAAGGUAGAAAAAGGAAAGUCACCAAUCCAAAAACCUGAUCAACCGGAAGUGCCUCCAACGCCAGAAGAUGGCGUUAAAGAAGAAUCUGUAGUUGAGAAAGCUGAAGAUGUUUCAGCGGAAAUUAAAAAAACCGAAGAUCUCACUACGGCCACAGAAACAGUGAUAGAUGCAAAAGACACUGAAGUGGAAAAAGAAGACGAAAGCAAACCAGAAGAAACGCUUACUGAUGGCGAACAAUCAAAGGAAUUGCCCAAAGAAGACAAAAUUGAGCAACAUGAAGAAAAAUCUGCAUCUGAUGAGCUUGAAAAAGUCGAAGAAAAGUUUCUAGACUCGGAAAAGAAAGAUGGACCUGAAAAGCAAGGUGAUAAGCCAGAACAGACUCCAGUGAAAUAUAUCAGCCCAGAUGAAACUGCAGAAAGUCAAGCUGAAGAAAAAGACACCGUAUGUGGUAAAGCAUUAGAAGAAAAAGUCUAUAAAGAAGCUGAUGUUGUUAUUGAUGAUGUCAAAGAUUUAGAAGCUGAAAUGUUAAGGAAGGCAUCGACCGCGUCGCUAUUAAAAGACGAUGAUAUAACCCUCCCAGAUAAAGAAGUAUUCGAGAUAAUGCAGAACAACGAUGGUAUCAUUUCUGAUAUCGAGGCGUCUAUCAUUAAAGAAUCUCUACCAGGGACAAUCAUUGAACCGCCCAAGGUGGAUACUUGGAUUGGUGAACCCAAGGACUUAAUCAGCCCGAAACCCGCUUCGCCAAAAGCGUCGCCGACCUCUCCGAAACCCGAUUCGAAAAAGAGCUCAUUAGGAGAAGUUACUGAAAUGUCGGACAAACAUGAUGAGUCGAAAGGAACGAGCCCCACUGCACUUUCACCGGCUCUUUCCGUCAAAGAAUCGGUUUCCACAUCGCCUACAAAGAAGGAACCUGAAUUGACGUCUGUUUCUCCAGCCGUCAAAACGCGUUCUCCGCAGUUAAGUCCCCAUCUUAACGGAGAAGUAGACAAAGCUAAAAUCGAAGCUUUGGAAUCGAAGAAAACCCCAUCGCCUAAAGAAUCCCCCACCCAUCUUAAAAAAGAAGAUGACAGCCACUUCGAUAUUUCUGAAGACUCCCCGGCAGAUAUUUACAAGAAAGAUUCACUCGUUUCCCUCGUGGAUACAAAAUCUGAGACAUCAAGGGAAGUGUCUCCGAUACCAGCUGAACACAAGAUAACUCUAGACGCUGAUAAAUUUGAUGACAAAGAGACUUUAAAAAAAGAGUUAGAAUCAGCUGCAUCACCGCCUAUGAAACUCGAAGCCGAGUUCAAACAUGAUUCUGCUCAAGGAUCGAGAAAAUCUUCUGUGGAAGAAGAAAUUGAAGUAAAGAAGGGGCCAGUCAUUGAAGCUUUCCCUCUUCCUCCGCGAGAUGAUAAAAACAAAGAUGAACCUGAAAAACCUGACGAUUCAAAAGAAAAAUUAAAGGAGGAUUCGUCUAAGCCCGAAGCAGGGGCUGAUGUUAAGUCAAAAACACCUACUCCAUCAGAACCGAAAGUCAACGGUAUCAAAGAAGAAGAUAAAGCGUCAGGUUCUGGCACACCUGCACAAGUUUCUCCGACGCCCUUGCAAGAAUCAAAAGAAAGCGAGAAAACCGAAGAAGCAGAAGCUUCCAGAGCGACGCCGCGACAACCAUCACCUCAGCAGGAUUCGCAUAAGCCUCCCACGCCCGAACGACUAUCCCCCGAAAUCAAAAAAGACAAAACAUUCGACACAUCUUCGUUACCGGGCAUUGAAAAAUUAACAGAUGUUAAAACGGCAUCUCCAGUCCCGUCCCAAACCGACCAAAAAGAAGUAACUCCCAAGGUUUUAUCGCCAGAACCUUUGGUUGCUGUCGAAAAAGUUUCACCAGUCCCUCCAAAGUUGGAUGACGCCAAAAAAGAAGCAGUACUAAGCACUAGUCUUGAAACUCAGCCAUUACAACCAGUAGAAAGUACAAAAGAUGAAAAGACAUCUGAUGAAUCUAAAGAAUCUCCUGUACCACUAAAACCACAUGAUAAAGAAACUGCAGCCGAAGAUGAACCAAAAGAUAAGACAACCCCUGCUGCAGAACCCGCAGAAACAAAAUUAUCGAAAUCUCCAUCGCCGACCGUUCUUCAAAAUGAAAAAGAGAAAGAAUCAACUGAAGGAACUGCAACAGUUCCUCCCAAAAGUGAAACUGUAUCUUCUUCUCCUGAGCCAGAAAAGAAAGACGAUAGAGAAAAAACUGGCAGUAAAACACCAUCUCCCCAUUUCAUGGAAGACAGCUCUUCGAAAUUAGACGGGGAAAAAGAAUUGUCGAAAUCGAAAACUCCUUCGCCUCCUCCACAAAAAUUAGACGGAACAACUGACACUAAAUCGAUAUCACCGACUCCAAGCAAAGAAUCACCAGUUCCUUCAAAACCGGAAUCUCCAGUCCUUUCUAAGCCAAGUGACUUCACGUCUGAAAAAUCAGAGUCACCAGUUUCGGCUAAAACUGAAGAAUCUAAACUGACAUCAAAACCAGGCUCGCCAACCGAAACAGACGAGUUGAAGGGCAAAUCAGAAUCCGUUUCAAAAGAAGAGGUACCUCCUCCAUCUUCGAAAACUGAAGAAUCAAAGGAAGCAUCACAAUCGCCAACUCCUAGCGCUGACGAAUUGAAAAAUGCCAAACCGGAAUCACCAGCUCCAUCUAAACCCGAUGAUAUAGAUGUUUCCAAAUCAGAAUCUCCAUUCUCGAUGAAAGAAGCAAAGGAUUCGUUAAAUGGUGAAUUAAAGGAAACACAAUCUCCUCAAUCGCCUGUCUCAAAAAUGGAAGCUCUGGUAGAUUCUGGCAUGGAAAACGGGCCGUCGAAAGACUCCGAAGACAGUAAACCAUCGACUACAUCUCCAACCAUGUUAACCGAAACCAAAGAGCCUGCUCUUUCUAAAUCACCUUCUCCUCUUCCUACCAAACAAGAAACGGAAACACCAUCACCAACUCUUACCAAAGAAGAGUCGAAAACGCCCUCUCNCUCCGUACCUACGAAAGAAGACUCAAAAGCAGCAUCUCCACUCCCGGCAAAAGAAGAGUUGAGGACGCCAUCUCCACCUGUUACCAAGGAAGAAUCGAAACCAUCAAGUCCACUUCCUACAAAAGAAGAAUCGACACCAUCAACUGUUCUUCCUCCAAAGGAGGAUUCGAAAGCGCCAUCGCCCCUCCCUACAAAGGAGGGAUCGAAACCGUCAACUCCUCUUCCUGCAAAGGAAGAAUCAAAAACCCCAUCUCCACUACCCACAAAGGAAGAGUCUAAACCGCCAACGCCACUCCCAACAAAAGAGGAAUCGAAACCCUCAACUCCGCUACCUACAAAAGAUGACUCGAAAGCGCCAUCCCCACUCCCGACAAAAGAAGAAUCAAAAUCCUCAUCUUCUACUCUUACAAAGGAAGAAUCGAAACCGUCAACUCCGCUUCCUACAAAGGAAGAUUCAAAAGCACCUUCUCCACUCCCGACAAAAGAGGAAUCAAAACCUCCAACUCCACAACCUACAAAGGAAGAUUCGAAACGAUCAUCUCCAGCUCUUACUAAUGUUGAGUCAAAAACGCCAUCUCCAACUCCUUCAAAAGAAAUGGAUUCAAAAGCGGAUCUUGCUGAUUCAAAAAUUGAAACAGCAGUCGAAUCGAUAAAAGAGGUGGUAUUUAUGGAUAGCGUGGAACCACCCUGUCUUAAAUCUGAGGCAACCGCUGUUAAAAAUCUUCAAGGCUCAAUAGAGACCCCAUCUAUGGGCCAUUUAGAAAAAUCGGCCGGUAGCGACCUCAGUCAAGUUUCUUCAGCCCCGUCGGACUCAGACCCUGUUCUGAAAAAUAAUCUAAAUUUAAAAGAAGUUAAAGAAGAAAGUGAUAAAAGUUCGCCAAGGCAAUUUUCUCCCUCACCUAACAAAGAUAUCGAAAAUGGUUAUAUGUCGGAAGAAAACGCAAAGGAUAGUUCCAAAGGCAGCACUAAGCAAGUUUCACCAGUGCCUAGCGACUCGCCUAAAAUUUCUGACGCUAUUAUUAUGAGUGAACUGGAAGCAUCGUUGAACGAGAGCGCCCAAGAAUUAAUCGACGAGGUAAAUAUCAACGAAAAAGAUUUGGAGCGUGGAAAGGAAGAGGGUAAAGUGACUGAUAUUUUAACAACGGCAGAAAGAAUAGUCUCGUCACUGGACAGUACAGUUGAAUCCGUUAUCGACAAAGGCAAGAAAUAUUCUGAAUCAUUUGAGAAAAAAGGGGAAGAAAAGUUGAAUGAACUGGCUGAAAAGAUUUCAGAUAAAAAAUCUGAAGUUGAAGAAGAAGUGAAGCGACUGGAAUCGAACGUCGAAAAGGCCGUCACAAGCGAAGUUGAAUCUCUGAAAAAAGAAGCCACAGAGGUUAAAGCCGCAGUAGAAAAUCUUGUAAAAGAAGAAAUCGGCGAAAAGAAAGGACAAGUCGAAGCUGUCGUUAAAGAAAGUUCAGGUUUCUUUAGCGGAUUGAAAGCAUCCGUUGUAGAUUCUAUAGGAAAAAUUACAUCCGAAGUAUCAUCCGCAUUAAAAACUGAUACAAAAGAUCCAAAACAAACAGAAUCAGCCGUCGAAGUUUCUAAGACUGAGAAAGAAGAGAAAGUAACAGAGCCAGGAGAAGAGGCUAAAUCACUCGAAGACAUCAAAGACGUUACCACCAAGUUCCUCAGUAUGGAAACUAAAUUCUACGGUGGUGAUACGGUUCCUUCCGAUGCCUCGUCCAAAGUUGAAGCAAAGGUGGUCGAACAGGGGGCAGAAAUAGUAGAGGACGUUUUAAAGAAAGGUAAAGCGAUGCUAAAUGAACAAGAAUGUCGCGCUGCUCAAUCCAGCGAGCCCGUGUUAGUAAGCAGUGCAAUAACUGCGUUGAAAAAAGAGUUUUCCAGAAGCGCUACUCCCUCCGACGUUGCCAGCGAAAAAGAAGACGGCAGAUUCACUCCGAGGAGCGAUAUAAGCAGUGGGCAGUUGUCCCACGCCAUCACUCACGGGUGGAGUCCGGCCGAAGGGGGCCACGACUCCGACGAAGACAUCCCGAGCUCGCCGAUGAGCGUCGCUUCCCACAUACCGUCGCCUCCGCAGUUCGACUACGACAUCACGAAAGAGUCCAUGAUGACGGGCUCGAUUUACGGCGCCCUGCCCGAAGACGACGACUUCCCUCCGACGGUCAAACCGCCAGCCGAUCCAAUGUACACGUCCAUGUACAUCUCGCAAUUCGACGACGAACUCACUCUCGACAGGGAUUCCGCUUUAAGAACGGCCGAACCGACUUCGAUUUCUGGUACGACCGGCAAACCAGGACCAGCAGGCCAAACAGAGCCGGCAUCUUCGACUUCCACGACUACAAAAGAGGAUACCAAAAGCAAAGGUGAACCUAAAGACCCGAUUGGGAAAUGGGACAAGCCUUUAGGCCUCCCUCCGCCGCCGGACCUCAACAGCAGGCAGUUCAACUACUGGAAUCCUUAUAAAGAAUGGGGACAACCCCUCGGGUUACCGUCGCCCGCUCCACCGCCCAGGGAGGACACCGACGUCGAAGUGGACACGUCAGGAAGCGCCAAGACCACACCCAAAAAAGUGGCGAAGAUGAACGCUGAAAACAACAAAUUUGCCUUAAAUACUGCAGGGAAGGAGGUUAACAACAGGACAAAGCGUUCCGAAUCGCCGGUGAAAAGGAUGCAAAACAAAGAAAGCCGUAAGUCGGCGUCCAACCCAAUCUACAUGGACCUCAGCUACGUCCCUCACCAUGGAAACUCCCAUUACGCCAACGUAGAAUUUUUCAAAAGGGUCCGAGCAAGAUAUUACGUGUUCAGCGGUACAGAGCCGAGCAAGGAGGUGUUCAACGCGCUCCUGGAAGCCAAACAGACCUGGGAGGAUAAAGAUUUAGAAGUGACAAUUAUCCCGACGUACGACACCGACAUUUUAGGCUAUUGGAUAGCAGAGAAUGAAGAAACAUUAUCGAAAUAUAAGAUCGACUUAUCACCAUCGGCAAGCAGAUGCACAAUCAAUCUCCAAGACCACGACACAUCUUGUUCAGCGUACAGACUUGAGUUUUAAUUGCAGAAUUGUCAGUCACCUUUUAUUCUAUCCAAAACCAAUUUUUAUCAAAAUGAACUUGACAUUUCCUAAAUGUAGUUAGUUGAUAAUGUGACCAUCACGUCCAUCUAAAGACUACUUUUAAAAAAUUCCAUUUAAAAAAGAGAAAACUCAGAAAAAAAAAAUCAUUUAGAUUCUUAUAUAAAUGUUUGUCAAAGCUGUUGACACUCUUUUUACAUCGCUAACUUAGAAUUUUUUGGCUGUAGAAGAGAUUUUUGCCACAUAUCGGGGAGUACAUUGCAGUGGAUGAGUUUUACAUUAAUGACUUUGUUUAAAAUUCAUUCCCAACGGUCCAUUGGAGUUGAAAUUAUAUUUGAAAGAUUUUACAAUUUCCAAAUAACCUAAAACUCUCUUGGAACAUCAAAAAUGAUUAGAUAUCACAAACUAAAUCAGCUUUCUUUUUACAUAGAAAUAUCAAAUGAAUAUAUUUAAAUUUAAAAAAAUAAAAGUGAUGUUGGAUUAUUAGAAAUGUUAUAAGAGGAAAGUUUGCAGGACAGGGUAACCUAUUCAUUUAUAUUUAAAAAAAUAUUAGAUACAUAGUUAGAAUAUGAAUAUGUAAAUAUAUUACAAGAAAAAAAAAUGAAAAGACAGUUUAUGUCAUGUUUCGUUAUGCCUUGUAUUUUGUUUAUUAUCAGCGAAAUUGCUUUAUUAAAAAUGGUUUUGUAUAAAUCAUAUGUGAGAAUUUGUCCUGAGCUGGUGAUUUAAAAAAUUGGUUUAAAAAAUAACAUGUGAUAAUCAUGAGAUUCAAAUUUGAGUCGAGAAACUUCUUUUCAAUUAGGAAAAAAGAGAAGGUUUUUAAAAAGGCUUGAAGGCAAAUCUCAACUGAUGGAAAAACUUAAAAAACCUGCUCAUGACAAGCUUUUACUGAGAAUCAAUCUAAAUUGUUUGCACCUCUGAGUACGGCGUGAUUAAUUUGAAACUUGCUGUACAAGUGCUUUUGUUUCACUGGCUGAGUUAAUGCAAAGGUCAGGGCAACAAGCUGAUUUAUUUUAUUUCAAAAGUUUAAUAUUAUAGAAUACAAUCCUUUACAUAUAAAUAUAUAUAAAGUUUCAAAUGGAAAAUCUUGAAGAUGACGUUUAUUGCUUUUAAAAAUCAAAAAGCUAAUAUAAAAUAAAAAACUAAAGUUAAAUAUGAAAAAAAAUGUUUUAAGUAUUUAGUUAUAUUUGCCAAUUUAGAUUAUUAUUAGCAUAUUGUAUAACUUAUGUGAAAAGGUGUAUAUCCUGUAUGUUUUAUGACAAUUCCAUCGUUUAGGAUUUGUACCCUGAAAUUUUAUUAUCGACUAGGUACAUAAAAGAAAAAAAGAAAAAUAUAUAUUUCCCUUAUUGAUUUAUAUUUUCAUAGUUUAUUAAAUGUAAAAAAAAAGAAUUCCCAAGGGGAGUCGAUAAACUAAAAAAUUAAAAAAAAAAAAUACUGUUUUAAGCUGAUUGCUUCCAUUGAAAUCCUUGUGUCGAUGAAAGUGCACAAAGGCCCUGAAGGUCUACAUAUUGACUAAAUAAUAAAGACGGAUCUUAAUUGCUACCACCCCAUCAUCAGGCCUAACAUGUUUUUAAAAAAACCAUAACGCAAGGAAAAAAUAUUUUAAAAAAUGUAUUCAAAGAUGAAAGUGUGAUAGUGUUUAUAAGCAAAUUUUGUUAUAUUUUCAGCUAGGAAAAAAAUUAAAAUGUACUUAUGUAAUUAGUACAUCUGUUAGUGCAAUAAUUUAUUUGUUAUUAAUGCAAAGAUUUUAUUUAUUAUUAUUUAUUGUGCUUUAUAUCGUUUGUUGA